GUGAUAUCACAGCUGUUACAGGUAGCCUUGUUGGUGGUUUAGAAGUGAAAUGAAAUCCCCAGGAAUUGAGGACUACCAAGACAACGAGUUAAGGAAUAACUCGGUUUAGUGAAACUAAUGUUUCUGGGAAUACUGCUUUUCGGCUCAGGCGUUAGGCUUACUAUGCUGUAUCACAGCUACUUUUUGUUUAUUGUGCUGAGUUUGCUCUCCUGUAGAUGUUUACCGUAUGUGUCUGCCUGCAAACAAGAGCCAGAGACCCCAGACUGGCGAAUGACUCUGAAAACUAUUCGUAAUGGGAUACACAAAAUUGACACGUACUUGAAUGCAGCCCUGGACUUGUUUGGUGGCGAUGAUGGAUUGUGUCAUUAUAGAUGUAGUGAUGGGUAUAAACCAGUGCCUCGUCCUGGGUACAAGCAUCCACCACCCAAUGGAUGUGGUUCCCCUCUUUUUGGAUUUCAGUUUGAUAUAGGUAUCCCAUCAAUGACCAAAUGCUGCAACCAACAUGACCGCUGCUAUGACACCUGUGGCCGUGAAAAACAUGACUGUGAUGAGCAGUUCCAGGAUUGCCUUGAGACUAUCUGCAGGAAUGUACAAAGAACUUUGGGCUUGGCCCAGACUGUCCAAGCCUGCAAGUCGGCAGUGACUCUGCUUUUUGAUGCCGUCAUGCACUUGGGGUGUAAGCCAUACCUGGACAGUCAGCGGGAAUCCUGUGUGUGUCAGUAUGAAGUGAAGAGGGAACUAUGACACCACUGCAAGAAUUAUGACUGUUGAAUGAACCCAUUCAGAAAAGCAACUCUUUCUUUUAAACUUAAAGUUUUUCUCAGGGAUACAGCUUCUUUGGCUGAGACUAAUCUGUUAUCAUAACCUUCAUUUGUUUGUUGACAGACAAGUAUGCACCGUUAAGUUGCUUAAGUUUUUAGAGUGGACACUUUAUAUCCUUUUUAUGUUAUUGAUUAUUUGUAUAUUAUAAUGAAUAUGGAUUAAUGUAGGGUUUCUGUUAUGGAGUGGAAAUGGGGUUUUCAGACUUCAUAAAUGCUUUGGCAUGAACCAGUAUUUGUGUCAACACAUUUAAAAGAUAUAAAGAAAUACGUAGUUUAAAAAAAGACUGACUUUGUUCAAGCAUUACCUUUCUACUGGAUUUGUGCUAAUAAAGUGCAAAACAAAAUACUAAAAUUAGUAUAAGUUUUAAAACAGUUUUUCUUUUGUUGUACAGCAGAUCAGGUUGUUAUAAAAAAUGAGCAACUGCCACAAUAGCAAGCAGUUUAACAGUAAUAAUAAUGUAAUAAACAGUUAUAAAGUAAUAAAGUCAAGUGUGCCAAUGUUAUCCCCAACA